UACUUCCUCGAUUCAAAUGGGCGUGGCUUUGACUGAACAGCAGAGGGAGGUCGUCGUCAACGUAGGAGACGGUACCGGAAGAAUCUGACAAAAUGGCUUCAUCAAACUUAACAAAAACCUUGGGGAAGGAUGAAGACACAGACAAACAGACUCUGGGUAGAAGAAGAAACUCCAAAGGUGAAGGUCCAAACAUGUCAGUGACCAGGAUUGUGCUGGUGGGGAAGACAGGCGCUGGGAAAAGCUCUUCAGGAAACACCAUUCUGGGGAAGAAGGCUUUCAGAGAUGCCAAAUCUAGCAAAUCUGUGACACAAGAGUGUUGCAAGGAGACAGGAGAGGUGGCAGGGAGACAGGUAGUGAUAGUGGACACACCUGGUAUUUUUGACACCAACCGUCCUGACAGUGACUUGAAGACAGAGAUCAGUAAAUGUAUCAACAUGACGUCACCUGGUCCCCACGCAAUCGUAUUGGUCUUAGAUGUGGGCCCUUUCACAGAAGAGGAACAGAACGCGGUUAAGAAAAUCAGGGCGCUGUUUGGAGAAGAAGCUGAAAGGUAUACCAUGAUCCUCUUCACCCAUGGAGAUGAGUUGGAUGACGGCGGCAUUGAGCGGUAUGUCCAUGAAGCUCAGGAAGAUCUCAAGAGACUUGUGGACCAGUGUGGUGGAAGGUACCAUGUUUUUGACAACACCAAGGUGGAAAACAGGGGACAAGUGCUGAAAUUCCUGGAGAAAAUUGACCACAUGGUGGCAGUAAAUGGCCAAGACCACUACACCAACAACAUGUACGAGGAGGUGGAGAGAAAGAUUUGUCACAAGAAGGAAGAGUUGAGGAAGCAUUAUAAAGAAGAGCUACGGAAGCUACAAGACCAAGAGAACCAACUGCCUCUCGAAUACCAGGAGAAAAGUAAGACGCUACGGCAAGACAUUGAGGCGCUGAAGGAGUCACUUCAAGACAAAGAAAAUAAACUUAAAGACUUGAAAUCUAUGGAGCAAAACAAGGUCCCGUGGAUCGUUGAACAUAUACUUUAUUAUGAGAUGAAGUUGAGGGCUGUGAGAGAGGAAGCAGAACAAAUACAACUUAACAAAGACAUAUCAACAGACGUUUGUAGCAAGUUACGAGACCUCCAUCUCACACAAUCAAGUGUUGAAUGAUAAACAUUGGAGGGGUUGUGUGAAAACGGUUCAACAUCAAAACUCUCUGCUUUAAUCUGAGGAAGAAUUCAAGCAAAAUGCUUUCUUUUGAAACUCAUAAGUAGACCCAAAAGGUGAAAUCUGGGAUUGGUACAGUACAUACAUUUGUGGACUUUUUAAAUGAAUCAAUAUAACCAUUCAUUCUUGAAGAAUACAUCUUAUAAAUGCUUCCUGAACUUGGUUAAAUUGUUAUGUUUUUAAAUAUGUUUAUUGUGAAGCAUUAUCAUACAGUAUACAAUCUGAGCAUGUAUUUUUAACAUAUCAAACAACAAAUGCAAGAGGAGUAAACAAGAGGAGUAAACAAGAGUAAACAAGAGGAGUAAACAAGCUGAGUAAACCAGAGGAGUAAACCAGAGGAGUAAACCAGAGGAGUAAACCAGAGGAGUAAACAAGAGGAGUAAACCAGAGGAGUAAACCAGAGGAGUAAACAAAACAAGAGGAGUAAACAAGAGGAGUAAACAAGAUGAGUAAACAAAACAAGAGGAGUAAACAAGAGGAGUAAACAAGAUGAGUAAACAAAACAUGAGGAGUAAACAAGAUGACUAAACAAGAGGAGUAAACAAGAUGACUAAACAAGAUGACUAAACAAGAGGAGUUAACAAGAGGAGUUAACAAGAGGAGUAAACAAGAGGAGUAAACAAGAUGACUAAACAAGAGGAGUUAACAAGAGGAGUAAACAAGAGGAGUAAACAAGAGGAGUAAACAAGAGGAGUAAACAAAACAAGAGGAGUAAACAAGAUGACUAAACAAGAGGAGUAAACAAGAUGACUAAACAAGAUGACUAAACAAGAGGAGUUAACAAGAGGAGUUAACAAGAGGAGUAAACAAGAGGAGUAAACCAGAGGAGUAAACAAGAUGAGUACAUUAAAAAAACAGCAUGAAAAUAAAAGUUGAAGGAAACACGUUGAAUUAAGACACGUCAGCUUAGUUUAAAUGGUUGUACUCAACCAGAACCCAAAAUAACAGCUUGUGCUCACUAAUGGUUUCUUAUUGAUUUUAGUUUCAAUGAGAAGGUCCAGCAGAUAGAAGGCUAUUUGUCUGCACUCUUGAGUUUAAAAAUAACUAAACAUUUCUAUCUACAUUUUUUUAUGAUGUUUUUACUUUGGUAUUGUCACUAAAAUAUUAAAAUGUCAUUUUUAUUUCUUAGUCUUCUAUUUGUAUUGUUAUUGACUCUGUAUAAAUAUUCAAAAAGCGUAACAAAAAAUUGAGGAACUGAGGGAAUUGUGCAAAUUGAUUUGGUUUGAUCAGAGGGAAAAUAUAAAAUGUCUGUAAUUUGAAUUUAAUGAAUACCUUUUAUAUUUCAGAUCAAACACCAAUUUGUCAUGAUUUACAGGUCUGCAAAUUCAGAUAAAUUCAUAUUUUUUUAUUAAACAAAUAGGGUAGGUUUAUGUGUC